CGUAUGAAAAUUAUUUCCUUUUGUCGGCUCCAGAAAGCACGUGGGAAGAAAGAUGGCUGAAUCUUGCGAUGCUUCUGAGGUCCCCGCCAAAAAAGCAAAAAUAUGCAAUGAUGACGAAAAACCCGCAGCUAUAAUUAACAAAAAAGAUGCUCGAAGUAGUGUACAAGCUGUUGAGCUCGAUAAAUGCACAGAAAACGGCGGUAAACAUGAAACUAAAGGGAUACAUAUUUUAACCAAAAACUUUGCACAUGACCAAAGCAAAGAAUCUGUUGACGAAUAUCCGGAGGAAAAUAAGACUGCUUCUAAGUUAGAAACACCAAAUUGUAACAAUUCUAACACCCCAGCGUCACAAACAAGAGAAAAAGAUGUUGGCAUUACGGAAUUUAUCGCGAAACAUGAGGGCUUCCAGGGGGUUCUAAAACAGAGAUACGUUGAUUUUAUCGUGUAUGAACGAAACUUAAAGGGUAAUUUAGUACGGCUGACAAGCCAGACCCUACCAGAAACAGAGGCAAAACCAACUGUGGAUGCUAGUGUUUUGAGUGAUGAAGAUAGACAGAAAAUAACUAGUGUUUUGGAGAGUAAGGAAAAGAACUCUUCGGCUACGCUCACAGCUUGUGAAGACAAAGAACUCCGGACAAAGAUACACCAUGCAGUCAAACAAGAAUUCCCAACGCUAGAGAGUGACACUGUGACUGUCAAUGAUGGACGUAAAGCUGUCAGAGUAUUCCGUUUCCAAGGAAACCCCUCUAGGAAGAGGCCUGACCGAUGGCCGGCGGGACGUCCCGACCACUGCAAGUUUGUUCUCUUUAAAGAAAACAAAGACACUAUGGAAGCAAUAAGCCUUCUUGCUAAACUCUUACAUGUUAAACCGGGUGUCUUUGGUUAUGCUGGAACUAAAGACAGAAGGGGUGUGACUGUUCAAGAAGUUAGUGGUUAUAAGGUGCUUGCCGAGAGACUUCAAGGACUGAAUAACACCUUACGAGGGUUGCGCUUGGGAAACUUUGAGUAUUGCAAAGAGAAGCUCCGCCUUGGGGACUUGUCAGGCAACCAUUUUGUCAUUACAUUGAGAAAUGUUUCAGGAAACUGUGAGGUGAUUGAAAGGGCUAUGACUUCACUGAAGGAUGUUGGAUUUAUUAAUUAUUUUGGACUUCAGAGGUUUGGAACAAGUUGUGUCCCUACACAUCACAUAGGGCGAGCCCUCAUUCUAAGCCAGUGGUCUGAAGCUGUUGAUCUCAUUCUGAACCCCAGGGAAGGCAAACCAAAGGACUUUAACAAAGCUCUAGAAUACUGGAAGAGUACAGGAGAUGCCAAGGGCGCAUUGAGCCGACUCGCAAGGAAGAAGUGUAUUGAAAGCUAUUUACUGCAGGGAUUUGUCAAUCAAGGAAGUCAAGAUCUUGUUGGUGCGCUGCAGAUGAUUCCUAGGAACACCAGGCUGAUGUAUGUGCAUGCUUACCAGAGCUACAUCUGGAACAAUAUGGUUUCACACCGCAUCAGGGAGUAUGGUUUGGUUCCUGUGGAAGGAGACCUUGUUGUUUCUGGUACAGCAAAUGAAAUGGCCGAUGCAUCAGAGGAUCUUGCCGAUCUUUGUGACCCAGAAAUGUUUGACCCCACCACCAGACCAGGCCACACCCAAGUCCGUACCCUCUCCCAUGAUGACAUCUCGUCCCAGAAGUACUCUAUUCAUGAUGUUGUCAUGCCAGUACCUGGCUAUGAUGUUACCUACCCCGGCAAGGAUGUGAGGGACUGGUACCGUGAGCUAAUGGCUGUCGACGGAGUGGAUAUUGAUAAGAUGAGACACAGAGUGAAGGAUUACUCACUGUCUGGUGCUUACAGGCCUAUUAUUAUAAAGCCCCAACACACAUCGUGGAAAUUUAUCCAUUACAAUGAUGUGACGGCGCCGUUAGCACUCACAGACUUGGAUAGACUAGAGGGUCGCACAGACAUCCCCGCUGAGACAGACGGACAGUACUUGGCUCUGCAGAUAGAGCUUACCCUGCCUUCAUCUUGCUAUGCCACUAUGGCUCUUCGGGAAGUUCUGCGCAAAGACACUUCACCUGCAACACAGGCAGCUAUGAACUAACACCCGACCACCUUGCUAGGGUACCAUGGUAGAGUGCUCAAGUACUUCUAAGAGAUGCGUUACUAGCAACACAAGCCUAUAAACUGACACCUACAUCACAAGAUGAAUGACUCUGCUGUACCCUUUAAGAAAUCCUGGGUCUACGCCUGCCUUUAAAGAUAACGCCACUUGGUUAAAACACAACACUUUCGGCAUCCGCAGCCAAUAUAUUUAUGUGCGAUUGAUCUUUUUAGAUCACUUGUACUUGUCUCUAGUAAACCUAAAAGACUUGUUUUGAUCAUGUAGAAAGGUAGGAGAAAAAGAAGCAGAUGGUGAUAGGUUAGCUACUAGAAAAGUAUUAAGAGUGGUUUUCAUAAACCAGUGAAACAAAGUGAACUAGUGAAAUUGUAGUUUAGUGUUAGUAAAAAAAAAACGUUUUAAAAACACUAAAGUAAAGGGUAUAAAUUGUA